GUGUUCAAACCAAUGUAGCUUUUACAGCUGGAAUCUUAGGAGAGACAAGUGGACAACAUACAUAUACAGGUACAGUUAAAUUCCCAACAGUCAUAUACCAGGUGGGAGGAGGAUACAACCCUACAACAGGAGUGUUUACUGCCCCAAAAGCUGGACUAUACCUCAUAUUCUGUACUAAUGUGGCAUAUAAUGAUGAAUACUUCUGGACAAGAAUAAUGAUUAAUGGUUCAGUUAAGGCAGGAGUCAUGGGUUUCAUUGGAUCAUCUUCUAUGAUAGUCAACCAAUCAGCCUCCAACCUUGUUGUCCACCAGUUACAGGUGGAGACAAGUCUGGAUAGAGGUGCAACAGGGAAGUCAUCUGUACUCAUUAAAUCCAGAGACAACAUUUUCUGUAGUCAUGAUCAAUGGAUCAGACUAAAACCACAAUAUAUAAAGGGUCCCUGUUUGGAGG